CCACCACCGCGCAUCGCCUCGCCAUGCCCUCCUCCUCCAUCGACUCGAGCGCCGGCAGCAGCAGCGGCAGCAGCAGCGGGCGCGCCGACGGCCUGCUCCCGCUCUCGCUGCCCGCGCUGCUGCCCGACCUGCGCUUCGAGCAGAGCUACCUCGCCAGCGUGCAGCACCUCGUGCACGAGGAGGAGCAGCAGCAGAGCGACAAGCAGGAUGGGCGCAAGCACAAGGUGGCAAAGGGCCGCGGCCCGCACGGCGAGAAGGAGCUCUGGCUCGGCGACCUGCGUGUCGAGUGGCUGCCGCUGAUGUACAUCACGCUGCGCGACCAGCUCGUCUCGCCGCUGGUGCAGGGCGCGCUGUGGGGUCUGGCCGGUCUCUCCUUCGGGCAUCUCAAGGCCUUCAUGGCCAGCCGGCGAUCACAACCCGGCGGGCGAGGCGGCGCGGGCAAGGGACUCUUCGGCAUCAAGCGGUAGCAAGAGUAAUUGAGCGAGACGUGAGAUUACAUGAAGGUCAUGGGUGCAGGCAGAAGCGCGCUCGAGACGGGGGCCAGGCAGUGUGGUCCAGUCGAGGGAGAGGGCGAGGCGGGCGCAGGCAGGCGUGUAUGUGUGUAUAUGGGCCAAAAUGCAGGUG